UGAUUUGCUCAUUAGCAGCGGUUGCAGCACUCGCGCUUGGGAGUCGUAUCGAAGCAGUAGUACCCGUGACGCCCCCCGCGGAACGAUCCUGGGCAGCGACGAUGGCUCCGAACCCGUCAGGAAAGAGGGUGUUCGUGGUGGGAGUCGGCAUGACCAAGUUUGAAAAGCCUGGGAUGCAUGACCGUGACUAUCCUGACAUGGCUAAAGAAGCAGGACAAAAGGCUCUUGCUGAUGCAGGUGUUCCUUACUCAGCUGUGGAGCAGGCAUGUGUGGGCUAUGUCUAUGGCGAUUCAACCUGUGGUCAGCGAGCUAUUUAUCACAGUUUGGGAAUAACAGGUAUUCCUAUUAUAAAUGUUAACAAUAACUGUGCUACUGGAUCCACUGCUUUGUUCAUGGCCCGACAACUCAUCCAGGGAGGUUUGGUGAACUGUGUCCUGGCUCUUGGAUUUGAGAAGAUGAAAAGUGGGUCCGUUACAGCUCAAUUUGCAGACAGGGUGAACCCACUAGACAAGCAUGUGGAAGUAAUAGUAAAUAAAUAUGGCCUAGAAGCAGCACCAAUGGCUCCACAGUUUUUUGGAAAUGCUGGCAAAGAACACAUGGAGAAAUACGGAACCAAACUAGAAGACUUUGCAAAAAUUGCAUGGAAGAAUCAUAAGCAUUCAACUAACAAUCCGAAUGCUCAGUUUCAAAAGGAGUACAGUUUAGAUGAAGUGUUACAAUCACGCAAGAUUUUUAGUAUCUUGACACUCCUGCAGUGUUGCCCAACAUCUGAUGGGGCAGCAGCCGCAGUACUGGCUAGUGAGGAGUUUGUCCGAAAAAAUGGAUUGGAGUCGAGAGCUGUUGAAAUCUUGGGCCAAGAGAUGCUUACUGAUUUCCCAAGCUCAUUUGGGAAUAGCUGCAUUAAAAUGGUUGGCUAUGAUAUGACUAAGGAGGCUGCGAAACGGUGUUUUUCAAAAACAGGCCUGAAACCUGAAGAUGUGGACGUGAUUGAACUUCAUGACUGUUUCUCUGUUAAUGAAUUAAUUACUUAUGAAGCUCUGGGACUUUGUCCUGAAGGAAGAGCUAGCGAACUGAUUGACAGAGGAGACAAUACCUAUGGUGGAAAAUGGGUCAUAAAUCCAAGUGGUGGCUUGCUUUCAAAGGGACACCCACUGGGUGCUACAGGUCUGGCUCAGUGUGUUGAACUCUGCUGGCAACUAAGAGGAGAAGCCGGAAAGAGACAGGUUCCUGGUGCAAAGGUUGCUUUGCAGCAUAACUUGGGCAUUGGUGGUGCUGUAGUAGUCUCUCUCUACACAAUGGGCUUUCCUGAAGUUGCAAGGCAUCGGCAAAUCCAAGCUAUUCCCACUAGGUCAGCUGUGGAAGGGUUUAAAGCAGAUCUUGUUUUCAAAGAAAUUGAAAAGAAACUUCAAGAGGAAGGAGAACAUUAUGUCAAGAAAAUUGGUGGUAUUUUUGCCUUCAAAGUAAAAGAUGGCCCUGGUGGUAAAGAAGCAACUUGGGUAGUGGAUGUGAAAAAUGGUAAAGGCUGUGUGGAUAUUAACUCAGAUAAGAAAGUUGACUGUACUGUUACUAUGUCUGACACUGAUUUGCUGGCUCUGAUGACUGGCCAGAUGAAUCCACAGACAGCUUUCUUUCAAGGCAAAUUGAAGAUUUCUGGGAACAUGGGCAUGGCUAUGAAGUUACAGAACCUACAGCUUCAAGCAGGCAAAGCUAAACUUUGAACCAAUUUGAAUUCAAGAUGCAGUCAAGACUUGAAAAAAAGUUUCUUAGAAACUAGGCUGGAACUAGAUGUUGGAAGUAGCAUGGUACAGGUUUUCUGAAUAUGUAUGUGACUCUAGCUUUUCUGAAGUCUCUGUUUAAUGGAGAUUUCAGCAUUGCCUUUCAUAAAUUGGUCUAAACUAAUGCAGAGUUGACAAAAUAUUAGCCGUUGGGAAAGCUCUAAGAAUGUUCAUAAUGGUUAAAAGCAGCAUGAUGUAUAACAAUCCCUGAUCUUAGUCCAUCUGAAAUUGUUUCUAAAAAUUCUUAGAAAAAGUGAUCUGCUGUCAUUCCUGUUAAAUUUUAAAAACAGGAAGGGCAAUGGGGAAAGAGUAUAUUACCUGUUUGGCAAAAAUUCUUCCAAAAUUUCAUUUUUAUCUUAGUGUAUCUUUCAUGGUGGCUCAAUUAAAUGCUUUUUUACAUUGACUUGGAUCCAGAGAGCUAUUUUAGGCAGCCCUAAGGACUUGGGCAUAACUAGUGAGAUUUCUCCCCCUUUGAAUAGCAGAUACAUUCAUGCCUGCCAUAUCACAAACUGCUUUUGAAAUCCCACUUAGGGCGCAGUCCUAUGCAUGUUUAGACAGGAAAAAAGUCCUACAACUCCCAGCACACACCAGCAAGCUAUGCUAGCAGGAGCAUGCUGGGAGCUGUAGGACUUUUUUCUAUCUAAACAUGCAUAGGAUUGUACCCAUAAUUUUAAAGGUGAGGUGGUGGGAGAAGGUGUGUUGAAGAAACACAGCUCUAAAACUGCCAUAGGUAGCAGUACGUGUUUUCCUUUGGAUCCUAGCCUUGGUCUAAUAGAGUUUGCUUCUUACUAAAUUAACAUAUGGGGGGCAUCUUUUAUCAUAUUGGGAAUCAAAUCCUUUGCAUUCAUAAAAAUGGAUAACAGCAUUAAUUGUAGUGCUUUCCCUUUGAACGUACAUUGAUGAAGGCAAGGGCUAACACUUUUUAAACACUUGGGUUAAUUAUGAUAUACAUUGUUCUAGAAACUGGCGAUUCUUUAAUAAAUGCCCAUCUAAUGCACCAAUUUUUAAUUCAUUCUGUUUAGAGAUAGUAUGUUCUGAUUUGAAAGUUUCAUAAUAAACUUAAAUUAAUUCUUCA